UUGUGGUAAUUUGAGGUUGUGUAAAAAUAUUAAGAAUUUGGCGAUUAAAUUUAAAAUAGUUAAUUUAUUAUCAUGUCCUUACUAAAGCUAUUACAAAAUAACGUGAAACACGUAAAAAAAUGUCACAAUGAAAAACAAAUAAUCUUAAUUUCUCAUAGAAAACUGAGUUUCGUUCCUUCGGUCUAUGAUACGGAAGAUCCAGCUCCAAAGUUUUUUUCACCAAAUGUGCAAACACUUUUGAAACGUUUGACUCGCCCAGAUUUCGCCAAGGUGUUUCGCAAAAGAACUACUGCUGACAUACCUCAUUUGAAGACGCCUAUUUACAAGUUUCUAACUGAAGAAGAUUUACAAAUAGAGAGGGCGAAAGCAAACAAAAAAGCAAAAAAAUUACUUCAAAUGCCGCCAGUUGUAAAGAUCCAAGGACACAUAAGUGAAGUUUUGUCAAAAGACCCAGCACUGCAGGGCUAUGAUUCAGCAACAUAUUUAUUCACUGAUAUUACAUUUGGUGUGCGAAAUGAAGAACGAUUUAUCGUACAGAGAAAUCCAGAUGGAACACUGUGUAAAAGUGAUCAUGAUACAAGAAAGAAACUUAAUCAGAUAUAUUUCCCACUACACGGUCGUAAAAUAAGAGAGCCCCUAUUGUUCUCUGACAUGGAGAGGUUCAACAGCUUACUAGAGAAACAUAAAUAUGAGUACUUGUUGGACCGAGCGUGCAUUCAGUAUGAGCCCGACGAACAGAAGUAUCAAGAGCUCACCAGCCUUACAUACCAACAUGUUGAUACAUCUAGCCAGUUUAAUUUGUUAAGAUCCACCCGUCACUUUGGUCCACUAGCGUUCUACCUCACAUGGCACAACAGUAUGGACAAUCUGGUCCUGGAGACAGUACAGGGUGGUGCGAUACGCGAGGCUGCGCUGCUGGUGGCUUUGCGUCACGAGCUCCGAGCUGACGUGGAACACGGGGCGGAGAAUCAGGCGUUGGUUGCUGAGAUAAUGAAAACACCCAUCCAAUUAAGCAAACCGGAGCAUCUGACUGAGGAAGAUAUAACUCUAGACACCAAAUGUGUAGACAGCAUAGAAAAGUACAUCGCCAAGAACUCUACAAUGAAGAGCCAGCAGAGUCUAGCUCUGCAGGGCUUCAGGGAGGACUAUCAACAGCUGAUUGACUUGAGCAGGGGCUUGAGGAAAGCCCAUGGUGCAUCAUAGAUUUUUAAGGAUUAUUUAGAAUAGUAUCUGUAUGUAAGCAUUUAAUAAAGUUUUAUGUGUUAAAAUGA